CAUGAGUAGAGAGAAAAUAGUAAAAUCCUUUAAAAAAUGUGGCAUACAGCCAUUUGAUCAAGACGCUCCUGAUUAUACCAAGCUCACUCUUGAAGAAGCCCACUCCGGAGACAGUCGAAUAUUUGAUGGAGUGCUUCAAGACGGUCGUGUUGAAGCUUCCACUCAAGUUGAAAAUUUUUUUAUGUCAAUGUUGCGACACAGAUAUCCUCUGACAUCAUCUUGUCUGGUAACACAAGUACUAGCACGAUGGAAGGACUGGGAGCAGGCCCAAACAUUCACCUGAUAACAAAAUCAUUUGAUGACUUUGUCAUCGAUUCGCCACGAUUUGAUUCACUCAGAAUGGUGAAGAGGCAAAAUUGGUUCCAAUAUGUCUUUGAUCGAAAUCAUCGGCAAGAGGAUGCACCAGCUGUUGAUUCCCUUGUUGUUUCCCCUGUUCAUUCACCUAGUAUUCAUUCUAGUUUAGAUGCACAGUGUUCCUCAAUGUCAGCCCCUCCAAACAGGACUAGGCCUAUGUUGGUAGAACCUCAAAGACAAGCAAGACCACCUGCGAUUAGUCCUGCUCUUAAAAAUCAUAAGUGGUUCCUUUCUCCAAAAAAAGCUAUCGGUUAG